CUGCACGUUCUGUACAAUCGAGAAAAGUGUACACAUCGAAUUUAAGAAAAUUUUAAGUUUAUGUACCAAGCAAUAUAAGUAAUUAUUCGUUUGUUACAAAUUUUAAAAGCUUUUUUUCAUCCUUAGAUAAAACAUCUUGAAACAGAAUGGCAGAAGAUGACUGGGAUACUGUCACAUACUUGCGUAAAAAGCCUCCUAAAGCUAGCCAACUGCGAUCGCAGCAGGCUAUUAAUGCUGCUCAAAGGCAAGGGUUGGCAAUAGAGACAACAAAAAAAUUCAAUGCUGCUACUAACAAGCAGCAUCAAACAACUCUAAACACUUCCAAGUUGGAUAGAGAAACAGAACAGCUCCAUCAUGAUACUGUUGGUCUGGAGGUUGGUCGUCUAAUUCAACAAGGCAGGCAAAAUAAAGGCCUUACACAAAAAGAUCUUGCUACAAGAGUAAAUGAAAAGCCACAAGUUAUAAAUGACUAUGAAGCUGGAAGAGCAGUGCCUAACCAACAAGUUCUUACAAAAAUUGAAAGGGUGAUAGGCAUGAAAUUGAGAGGCAAAGAAAAGGGACAAAAUUUUGAUGGAAAAGCUGCUGCCGCCGCAACUACUUCUGCUCCAAAGAAAAAAUAACAAAAGUACAAAUUUGUGUAAUUUUAAAGUUUUUUUUACAAGAUGUUUUCUUUUUCUUCAAUUUUUCAAAUAUACAGUCAGCAAACAAGUUACUGUUUCAAUAUUCCUUUUAUAAUUUUUUAAGGUUGAAAUCUUUUUGUUACAUAUGUGUUGAAGGAGCCAGCUUGAAAAUAUUUUUGACACAAACAGUAUUCUUUUGUCACUGAGUGAUUUUUCUAUUUUAAAAUCAAACAAUAGUAUUUGUACAAUUGCCUGUAUGUAUUGCACUGAUUAGAUUGUUAAGAAAAAUAAAUAGU